AUGUCCUCCACCACCCCCUCAGACAUGAGUGACGCCUCCGAUCUCGAAAAAGUCGAAACCUCCUCAACAUAUCUCGAAAGAAUCGAUUCAUUCUACACAGACAUGAGUGACCGCUCCUCGAAUUUCGAAAAACUCCAGUUACCUUCACCCUCCACACUCACCGUUAAUAAGGAUGUCAAAGUGGAAGAAGCGAAAGAGGAAGGCUCCAAACAGCCCUAUUGUGCCCUGAGCCGAAACCGACGAAGAUAUGUUCUUGCCAUCGUCACGAUUGCCGCUUUCUUCGCUCCUCUUGCUAGUAACAUCUACUUGCCUGCUCUGUCUGUUCUUCAGCAAGCAUUUGGAGUUGGAGCUACGGCGAUCAAUGCUACUGUUGCUACUUUUAUGAUUGUUUUUGCAUUCGCACCACUCUUCUGGACCAGUUUCUCCGAUUACCUAGGUCGACGACCCAUCUACAUCAUCUCGCUGGCAAUGUACAUUGGAGCCAAUAUUCUCAUCACAGCUCUCCCGGCGAAUUACGAAGCGCUCCUCUUUUUGCGAAUUCUACAAGCUUUUGGUUCCGCUGCAGUCGUGGCCAUGGGAGCUGGAACUGUGGCAGAUUUAACUGAGCCAGAGCAUCGCGGUAGAUGCAUGUCUUACUAUCUACUCGGGCCCAAUCUGGGACCUGUCUUCGGGCCGGUCAUAGGGGGUCCUCUGGCCGGGGCAUCUUGGAGGUGGAWUUUCGGAUUUUUAGCUCUACUUGGCUCGGUGGUAUGGAUAGUAGUAGUCUUCACCCUCCCCGAGACUCUCCGCUGUCGAGUCGGCAACGGUAGAAUCCACGCCGAAAAAUCCACAUGGUUCAUCUGGCCGCCUCUACUAGCGACGGAAAAAGCACCACUCGAAGAACGAGGUCCCCCACCCCCAAAACCCACUCUACUAGGCUACUGGAAACUCUUCCGCUACCCUCCCAUAGGUCUCGCAGCUUUCGACACGGCAUUCAUCUACGCCGCAUAUUUCUGCAUCGCGGUCAACCUACCCCGAAGUCUCGAAGGCGUCUACAAUUGGAGUUCCGCGGCCGUGGGAGCAUCAUAUAUUUCCUCGGGCAUAGCAUUGAUUCUAGGAUCCCUCACGGGAGGAAGAAUCAUUGAUAUUCGUCGGAACAAUCUCGCCAAAGCCUCCGAGACGGACGAAGUGGAUCCGGAAGUGAGACUCGUGGAUCAAAUCUGGGGAGUGGUGAUCUGUGCUACGGGAACGAUGAUGUAUGGCUGGUUCAUCCAACGGGAAUAUCACCCCGCGGCUGUUCUGGUAUCGACUUUCAUCACGGGCUUCGGGACGAGUUGGGUAUUUGUCUGUUCGACGGCUUAUCUGACGGAAUGUGUGCCACAACAAGCUGCUGGAGCGGUUGCGUUGGGGAAUAUGCUACGGAACCCUGCGGGUGCUAUUGGUGCUAUUUUGACUCCUGUGUUGAGUAGGAAGAUUGGGAUUGGUUGGUUCUUUACUGGGUUGGGGUUGUUGGAUUUGGUGGUGGUGGGAAGUGCGGUUUUGAUGCUGAGGUAUCGAAGUCAACAUUGGAGAGCGGAGAAGGGGGGCGAUUUACCUAAGCCUGCGCAGUGUGAACCUUGA